AUUCUCCAAAUAAAGAAAUUCUUUUCCACUGUUGUCGGGAUUUCAGUGGACAAAUAUUAAAAGAUACAUAUGUCGUUCUUCGUCGAUAUCGUAACAGAGGAUUCCUUUUACGAGAAUCUUACGUUGGGCGUAGUGAAAAUUCUCGAGAGUUUCCUGUACGUAAAAAAUGUACGAGUCGAGCGUAGAAAUGGAUGUGAGACUACGGCCAUUACCAGCUGGGAGCAACGUCAUUGUUGUACGCUCCCGGAGGAUGUUAAGAACUUCUAUGCUUCGAUCGACGGUUUCCUGCUUCAAUGGAACCUCGAGAUAGCAGGUGAAGAAUUUCCUGUAGGAUGCAUGGAAAUUGGCACUCUUUCCUCUCUGAAGCGUUACUCGAACAAGGAUCAUCAAACAGACUCCAGCAAGCAAGAACUCGAUAACGAUACUCAUAAACUGAAUGAAAUCACUGCCAGCAGCAUAACUGACUUUGAAAAUCCAAAUUCAAUUAAUUUGCAAGGAAACGACCAUGGUUGCAAAAUGUUUGAAAUUGCAAGUUGUUUUCCAGAGAGUGGAAUGGCCAAGGUCUACUUGUUAUACCGCAUGAAACAGGAAGAAGAAUCACCAACAAUUUGGUUGCAUCGAGAAGAUACUAACAGAUGGUACCAUUUGGCAAAUAAUUUUACUGUGUAUUUUCGUAUGAUGCUAGUCCAUUUGGGUUUGCCAUUGUGGCAGUGUUGUGUGUCUGGUUUGUCUCUACCACCGUGGGUUGAACAAGUUUACUUUCUCGUUGGUCCUCAUUUACUUCCUUCGGCCGUUGAGCCAACAGAGACUAUUUCUACUUCCAUGUGGAAUAAUGGACCCACAAAUGUUAUUGAUCCAACUAUUUUUAAAGGUAAGGAGGGAAAGCAGAAGAGUUCUAAAAAAAAGUGAUUUUUAUGAU